AUGGCCACCAAGAAAUUGAAGGACAAAAAGCUUAAAGAAAAGCUAGUCGCGCGGCGUUCGUUAGUGUCGUCACUCGAAACGGUCGAGGCGUUCGUCGAGAAUUACGAAGAAGACCGUGAUUUUCAGCAAGUGGCCGUGUGGUUGGACCUGCUAGACCAAUUGUUUCGCGAACAUGUGAAGGUUCAGGCGGACCUCGAAAAGCUCGACAGCGGAGACGCCCCGUUAGUGAAACACCUCCAAGAACGCAGGGAGUUCGAAUCGCGAUUUUGUGCUGCCAAAGGUUGGUUGCUUAAUAGGAGAGUGGCCGACCUGAACGCCACGAUCAACGCUCCAGGCACUGCUCCCCCACCGUCAACCAACUUCCAUUUGCGGCUGCCGAAGAUAGAUCUGCCAAAGUUUGACGGCGAUUAUUCUCGGUGGCUGGGAUUUCGUGAUACCUUCAAGUCCAUGGUGCACGAUGCCCAUGAUAUUCCGCUGGUUGCCAAGCUGCAAUUCUUGCUCCAGUCUUUAGAAGGUGAUGCGCGAAAACCCUUCGAGACGGUGGACAUUGUGGGAGCCAAUUAUGUCACCACCUGGGAGGCCCUCCUAAAGCGCUACGAUAACAAGCGCUUUCUGAAGAAGCAGCUGUACCGGACCUUGCACGAUCUCCCACCAAUUCGGAAAGAAUCAGCACAGGAUCUCCACAACCUCGUUGACGAGUUUCAACGCCAUGUCAAGGCGUUGGGAAAGCUGGGUGAAGCCGUGGAAACCUGGGAUACCCCGCUGGUGUGUAUGCUUUCCUACAAGAUCGACCCAGCUACCCUUCGUGCGUGGGAAGAGCAUGCUGCAACAUCAGACGACGUUGGGUAUGAGGCAUGCAUCGAGUUCCUGUAUCAAAGGGUGCGGAUUUUGCAGACCGUUUCCUCGGAGAUUCAACAUCGGUCACAAGGUGGACCGGUCAAGGUGGCCGGCUCACAAUCCUUCUCCAAGAAACCCUCCCCUAGCAAAGCGGUUGCGAAUACCGCUUCUACAACGAGCUCUCGGCCACCACCUCCUUCGUGCAUUGCGUGCUCGGAGAAACACCUGUUGUUCCAGUGUCCGUCGUUCCAAGGAAUGGCCGUCGGACAGCGUCGAGAACUCAUCUCUCAGAAGCGGCUUUGUUGGAAUUGCUUCAAAUCCUCCCACGUCGCACGGAAUUGCGACUCGAAGCAUACCUGCCGGCAUUGCCAUGAGCGGCACCACUCGUUGUUGCAUCAAGCACCGAAUCCAAGUAAGUCUACCUCCAAUCCCGUAGUUCAGCAUCCGAACCAGUCUGCGCCCCAGCAAGAAGCCUCCAACGGAUCGGACAUUCCGUUGGCUGAAGUUAGCGUUCCCGCUCAUCGAAGUGCUCCAAGUACUGUUUUCCUCGCCACGGUUGCACUCUGGAUCAAAGAUCGAUUCGGAAAACAUCACUCUGCCCGAGCAUUGAUCGACUCCGGGUCGCAGUCGAACUUCAUUUCGAAGAAACUUGCCCGUCGCCUUUGUCUGCGGCCAGAAAGAGUCAGCGUCCCUAUCACCGGCAUCGGUGAAGCAACGGUGACGGUAAGCCAAUCCGUCGUCUCCACCAUCCUUUCCAAGAAUGACAAUUUUUCCGAUGAGCUGGAGUUCCUGGUUAUUCCAAAGCCCACCGCGGAGCUUCCCUCAACCAACGUCGACGUCUCCUCGUGGAACAUUCCCACGAACGUGGCCCUUGCCGACCCUACGUUCAACGUUUCGGGUCCCAUCGACUUGUUACUGGGCUCAGAACUGCUGCAUGAGUACCUGAAGUGCGGCAGAAUAUUCCUCGGCGAUAAGGCUCGCCGGUUUUGUUCGAGACUGUCUUUGGAUGGGCCGUCAUCGGUCGCUGAAAAGUUCUGGGAACUGGAAGCUGUAGAGCCAGGCCGGCUGUUCACAGCAGAAGAAGCUUCUUGUGAGGAGCUGUUUGAAUCCACCACCACACGCAACCCAGAUGGGCGAUACGUCGUCCGACUUCCAAGAACGGAUGAUUCAAGUGUUCGACUCGGCGGAUCUAGGGACAUUGCCGAAAAGCGACUGCUGAGUAUCGAGCGCCGAUUGCAGCGGAACGAAACAACCAAGGCUGCGUACCACGAGUUCAUGGACGAGUAUUUGCGACUCGGCCACAUGCGGAGGAUUGCUGAUCCACCGAAUGACACCAUCGACCACUGCUACCUGCCGCACCAUGCGAUCUUCAAAACCUCCAGCACCACGACCAAAACCCGCGUCGUAUUCGAUGCGUCCUGCCGCACUGCAUCUGGCCAGUCGCUCAACGACACUUUGCUUGUCGGGCCGGUGGUGCAAGAAGACCUCCUGUCUAUUGUCAUGCGUUUUCGGUCCAAACCGAUUGCGCUGGUGGCGGAUAUAGAGAAAAUGUACCGCCAAAUAGAAGUUCACCCUGAAGAUCAGCCGCUGCAACGAAUCCUCUGGCGGAAAAACCCGGCGGACCCCAUCUCUACCUACGAACUGCGGACGGUCACGUACGGGACCGCUUCCGCGCCCUAUCUUGCCACCCGUACCCUCAAGCGACUCUCCCAGGAUGAAGGCGAAAUGUUUCCGUUGGCCAAGACUGCUGUGGCCGAAGAUUUCUAUGUUGACGACUUCAUCAGCGGCGCCGAAGAUGUUUCAACUGCUCUCCAAGUUCGCCGACAAACAAGCGCCAUGUUGAGUUCCGCUGGAUUCCCACUGCGGAAGUGGGCGUCCAAUUCGCCAGAAGUGCUGGCGGAAAUUCCUGAGGCUGAGCUUGGAAUUCAGCCAUUCUACGAUCUCUCCGACAGCCAGUCGGUAUCCACGCUCGGACUUGUCUGGGAACCUAGCCCCGACAUCCUUCGAUUCAACAUCAAUCUGCCGUUGCCGGCGGCUAUUCUCUCCAGGCGAAUCGUCCUUUCCUACAUCGCCCAAAUCUACGACCCGCUAGGCCUAGUGGGCCCCGUGAUUUCCGCUGCCAAACAAUACAUGCAGCGCCUGUGGUCGUUAACUACGAAGGACGGAAAGCCAUAUUCCUGGGAUCAACCGCUUCCCGAGAAACUGCAGCAAGAGUGGAAGGAAUUCCACGCCACCCUGAACCUUCUACGCGAGAUCCAAGUCCCCCGUUUUGCUUCGGUGGCCGGAGCAACUUGUCUUCAGCUACACUUCUUCUCGGACGCGUCGGAGAAAGCCUACGGCGCGUGUGUAUACGUGCGCUCUGAGGACACCGACGGCAACGUGUCCGUUCAACUUCUAGCGGCCAAAUCGAAGGUCGCCCCGCUGAAAACCCGGCACACCAUCAAUCGUUUGGAGCUCUGCGGAGCACUUCUAUCGACUCAGCUCUACAAAAAGGUAAUUGCUUCCCUAAAAACGAAUGCCGAUGUAUUUUUCUGGGUAGAUUCUACGACGGUGCUUCAAUGGUUGAAGUCGCCACCCUCCUGCUGGAGAACGUUCGUAGGCAACCGUGUUUCCUCCAUCCAAGAAUCGACGAUUGGUUGCCCCUGGAAUCAUGUUCCGGGAAAGGAUAAUCCGGCCGACGACAUCUCUCGUGGCCUUACCCCGGGCGAGCUUCUCCAUCAAGACCGUUGGUGGACCGGGCCUGAAUGGCUCAAACUCAAAGGUGACUGCUGGCCAAAUCAACCCGUUGAUGCUGCAUCAUCGUCCAAAGCGUUCGUCGAAGAGCGCAAACAAUGCCUGGUGUCCCUCACGCCGGUCAACGAUCCGUUCAGCGACCUGCUGUUCAGCCGCUACUCCUCGUAUACCCGAUUACGGCGGGUCAUGGCCUAUGUUCUCCGGUACAAAUGGGCACUGCACGCAUCGGCGGCCAGAUCUCGCCCAAGUGGUGCAUGUGCGUCAUCGUCAACGGAUCCCUACGAAGCAUCACCGUACUUGACCGCCAGCGAGUUGCAAGCAGCAGAACGUUCUCUGUGCCGACUUGCCCAGCGUCAAUCGUUCCCGAUGGAGCUGAGUGCUCUGAACAACGGUCAAUCGGUCGACAAAUCGUCGCCCAUGAAGUGGAUCAAGCCCGAAAUCUCCAACGAUGGCCUGAUCCGGGUCGGUGGCCGAAUCCGUUACGCUGAAGCUCCCGAAUCAAUGAAGCACCCCAUAGUCCUCACCAAGAAGCAUCGGUUGGCCUUUCUAUUGGCCGAUCAUUAUCACCGAACCCUACUGCAUGCGGGGCCGCAGCUAAUGAUGACCACCAUGAAGCAAAAAUUCUGGCUGCUCGGUGGUAGAGAUCUGCUUCGCCAAGUGUACCAUCAGUGCCAUACAUGCUUCCGCCGUAGGCCCUCCCUGAUCCAGCAAGCAACUGCAGACCUGCCGAGCGCCAGAGUAAGCCCCUCCCGCCCGUUUGCUGUCUCCGGGGUCGAUUAUUGCGGCCCGGUGUACCUUCGUGCCCCACAUCGAAGAGCAAGUCCCACCAAAGCAUACAUCGCAGUGUUUGUGUGCUUCUCCACCCGCGCCGCGGCCCUCAAACGGUUCGUUGCGCGGCGUGGCAAGGUGUCCGAAAUCCACUCGGACAAUGCCACAAACUACAAGGGAGCCGCCAACGAACUAAAUCAACUCUACAAGCUGCUAAAAUCCGACGAAAGCAGCCGAAAACUCAUAUUCGACUGGUGUGCCAACUCGGAAAUCGCGUGGAAAUUCAUCCCGCCGCGUGCCCCCCACUUUGGCGGUUUAUGGGAGGCCGCGGUAAAAUCCACAAAAAACCACCUCCUCAAAGAAGUCGGCAACACCACUGUUUCAUAUGAAGAAAUGUUGACACUACUCAACCAGGUCGAAAUGUGUUUGAACUCUCGGCCUAUCACGGAGCUCUCCAACGAUCCUUCCGGCUUGGAGGCCCUCACGCCGGGCCACUUUUUGGUCGGGGCGAACCUGCAAGCUAUACCGGAAAAAGACCUCAAGCAAACACCAGACAACAGACUCAACCGAUGGCAACUGGUGCAGAAAAGACUUCAGGCUAUUUGGAAGCGCUGGAGCACAGAAUAUUUGCAGCAACUACAAGCGCGGUCAACGAAGGGCAUCAAACCAUCCGUCGACAUUCGAGUGGGCCGAUUGGUCAUUGUCAAGGACGACAACGCGCCUCCUGCACAGUGGCCGCUUGGGCGUAUCGUAAAGGUCCACCCCGGACCGGACGGAAUAGUGCGAGUCGUUACGCUUCGGACGUCAUCCAACGACAAUAUGACUCGCCCAGUUACGAAGCUGGCAUUUCUACCGAUGCCCGCUGACGAUGCUGACGAUACGCAAGGUGACAUGUAG